AGCGAGAGCAGCAGCUGCGUUGUUAGGGAAGUAACUGUUGUCAAGGGACUGAGAGGUGGAAGGUGCGGAGGGCGGUGGUAGCAAUAACAGCAGCAGUAGCCGGGCAGUGGCUGUCAUCUCCAGCUGAUGCGAGGUCCGUGAGGUGAGAACCGUGAGAAUAAAUUGACCUCAUCACUGUGCGUAACCUUAUUCUUACUGUGGGAGAUCUUCCAAAAUUGUCAAGAUGAGUAUGAUUGAGACCCCAGAGAUGCCGGCCGUCUUUGACGGGAUGAAGCUUGCAGCCGUUGCUGCUGCCCUUUAUGUGAUCGUACGCUGCCUAAACCUAAAAAGUCCAACUGCUUCACCGGAACUCGUAUUCCAAGACACGGCAAUAAACCAUUUCAUCAUAAAGUCAUGUCCCUUGCUGACCAAAGAGUACAUUCCACCUCUAAUCUGGGGAAAAAGUGGACAUAUCCAAACUGCACUAUAUGGAAAGAUGGGUCGAGUCAGCUCUCCAAAUCCAUAUGGAUUGCGCAAGUACCUAACAAUGCCUGAUGGAGCUACUGCAACAUUUGACCUCUUUGAGCCUCUUGCUGAGCAUUGCACUGGAGAGAAUGUUACCAUGGUUAUAUGUCCGGGAAUAGCCAAUCACAGCGAAAAGCAGUAUAUUCGGACCUUUGUGGACUAUGCCCAGAAAAAUGGCUAUAGAUGCGCUGUGCUAAAUCACCUUGGAGCCUUGCCAAACAUUGAGUUAACGUCUCCACGCAUGUUCACUUAUGGCUGCACUUGGGAAUUUGGAGCCAUGGUGAACAACAUCAGAAAGACCUUUCCUCAGACCCGGCUGAUAGUCGUAGGAUUUAGCCUUGGAGGAAACAUUGUCUGUAAAUAUCUGGGUGAGGCAGCAGCCAACCAGGAGCGAGUCAUGUGCUGUGUCAGUGUGUGCCAGGGGUACAGUGCCUCUCGGGCACAGGAUACUUUUUUGCAGUGGGAUCAAUGCCGAAGAGUUUACAACUUCCUUAUGGCUGACAACAUGAAGAAAAUCAUUCUGUCUCACAGACAUGCAUUGUUUGCUGAGACCAGAAAGAAGAUAUUUGAAGAUUCAGUUCUCAGCCGGCUGUAUACGGCCACGUCACUCAUGCAGAUUGAUGAUACUAUAAUGAGAAAGUUCCAUGGCUAUAAGUCUCUUAAGGAGUACUAUGAAGAAGAAAGUUGUAUGCGUUAUUUGCACAAUAUUCAUGUGCCACUCAUGUUGGUUAACUCAGUGGAUGACCCUCUAGUCCAUGAAAGCUUACUGUCCAUUCCAAAGACUCUGGCAGGCAAGAAGGAGACAGUCAUGGUGGUUUUGCCACUUCAUGGGGGACAUCUUGGUUUCUUUGAAGGAGCAGUCCUAUUCCCAGAGCCCCUAACAUGGAUGGAUAAACUUCUUGUGCAGUACUCAAAUGCUGUCUGUCAGUGGGAAAAAAAUAAUUCCAAGUGCUCUGACAAGGCAGCAGCACAGUCUGAACAUAACUAAACUCUGCACUACAAUAAUCUUCCCAAAGACUGGCCUACGGAUUCAUCAUUUUUUAUGCAUUUAUAAUUCCUUACUAACUGUUACUGUAAUUUUUUAUUUUUGUGACUGUCCAUUACAUGAUCUACCCAGAUUAUCUUUGCAGUAAAACUACAAGGGAAGAGGCCAUGACUCCACUGUGAGCCUACAGAG